AACAAUGGAAAAUAACUGUGAUAAAAAGGAUAUUCCGCUAGACAAUGUCGCUAUCGAAUCUUUAAACCAAAAGAAAGAAAAUAUCGAACGACAAAGGUUACCCUGGCACUAUGCUCCUUCUUUCCUGCUGCUCUGGCUGUCUCUCUUUUUUGCCAUCGUGAUUUCUUUGUACAACAAGCUUCCAGAUAAGAUUAACAUCUCAGAAGAAUUGCUAAAGCCGGGAGAAUUUGUGGCGGAACGAGCUAUGAGCCAGCUGUAUGUCUACGAUCAAAUCGGACCCAAAGUUACGGGCAGUUUUGCCAACGAGGUUACAACGGUUGCAUUUCUUCUGGGGGAAGUGGAAAAGAUUAAGGAGCAAAUGCUUAGUGAUCUCUAUGAAAUAGAGGUGGAUGUUCAGACACCUUCUGGGGGCUUUUCAUUUGGAAGCAUGGUGAGCAUGUACCAAGGAAUCCAGAAUGUAAUUGUCAAGUUAAGCACAAAGAAAUCCCAGAGUGAGUCCUACGUCCUGAUCAACAGCCACUUUGACUCUAAGCCAGGCAGUCCAAGUUCUGGCGAUGAUGGCACCAUGGUUGUGGUGAUGUUGGAGGUCCUUCGCCAAAUGGUCAUUUCGGAGACACCUUUUGAACAUCCUGUAGUCUUUCUGUUCAAUGGAGCUGAGGAACUCGGUCUUCAAGGUUCCCAUGGCUUUAUUACGCAGCACAAGUGGGCAACGAACUGCAAGAUGGUUAUAAACCUAGAGGUGGCCGGCAGUGGAGGACGUGAUCUCUUGUUUCAGACUGGCCCCAAUAAGCCUUGGCUCGUGAAGUAUUACAGACUUUAUUCUAAACAUCCAUUUGCUACAACAAUAGCCGAGGAGAUCUUCCAGGGUGGACUUUUGCCAUCGGACACUGAUUUUCGAAUCUUUCGGGACUUUGGAAAAGUGCCUGGUUUGGACAUGGCCCAGGUCAACAACGGAUACGUUUACCAUACAAUAUUUGAUGCUUUUAAGGUUAUUCCAGGAAGAUCCGUUCAGAACACGGGAAAUAAUGUCCUCGCCCUUGUAAGGGCCUUCUCAAAUGCAACUGAAUUGUAUGAAACGGAGAGUAUCGAUGAUGGACAGACUGUUUUCUUUGACUUUCUGGGCCUCUUCUUUGUGUAUUACACAGAAACUACUGGGAUUAUUAUGAACUGCUGCAUUGCAGUGAUCAGUUUGGUUCUGGUGGGAUGUUCCCUCUGGAGAAUGGCUCGGCAGUCGGAGAAGGUCACAAUUCCUCAGAUAUGUCUAUGGUUCCUUAUUAUUCUAGGACUGCAUGUAGUGGGAGUUAUUCUUUGCUUUUGCCUUCCUCUUCUGAUGGCAGUGAUCUUCGAUGCGGGAGAUAGAUCAAUGACUUACUUCAGUAGCAAAUGGCUGGUGUUUGGACUCUACAUUUGCCCCGCAGUAAUCGGUCUCGUAAUUCCCUUGACUCUUUACUACACCCUGAAACCGAAUGACAAAUUAAGCCAUGCUUACCAUCUUCAGAUGAGCCUUCACUCCCAUUUGGUGGUCCAGGCACUGCUAGUUAUUAUUCUGACUGCCCUGGGAAUGCGAUUUCAGUACCUGUGCCUUAUUUCGAUGAUCUUCUAUGCAGGUGCUCUUCUGAUUAACAUUGUAAGCACUUUGCAAGAAAAAGGUAACUAUUGGGCUGUGAUUGUGAUGUGUCUGCAGGUACUGCCGUUUUGCUACUUCUGUUAUAUAAUAUAUAUGCUCCUUGUGGUAUUGAUUCCAAUAACCGGAAGAAACGGCAUUGGCAUGAAUCCCGAUCUGAUGAUAGCCCUGAUUUGUGCUUGCUGCACUUUCUUUGCUCUAGGAUAUAUUGCUCAGUUUAUUAAUGCUUUCCGCUGGCCGAAGCUUAUACUCCUCGGACUGGGAGUGGUCACCUUCAUUUUCUGCAUGAUUGCCGUCUCAGAGGUGGGUUUUCCCUAUCGGCCCAAGACCAAUGUGAUGCGAGUCAAUGUUGUGCACACUCAACGCCUGUUCUACGAGUUCGAUGGUUCUUUGAGUCACAGUGAUUCCGGUUACUAUUUCACAUACAUGGACAGGCGGGGACUUAAUCCUCUCAAGGAUUCCCAGGUCAACCUGACGGGUCUGAUUUCUAUAGAACCUGAUUGCGACAAAUACGUCAUGUGCGGGGCUCCCUGCCUUUACUCUUGUGGCAGCCGGAAGAGUGCUCGUUGGCUUCCUCGCGACUCGGAUGUUGUUAUUCCUGGAAAUAUUUUACUAAAAUUAUUGGGAAAAAGUAUUACUCAGGCCCAGAACACUGUUAGAUAUGAGUUUGAGGUAACUGGUCCACCGCAAAUGAAUAUUUUUGUUCAACCCGUGGGUAAUGCUGUGAUCACAGGCUGGUCUUUUGUGGGAAAUGCCCUGGAAAAAGCCCAGCCGCCCUAUUACGUAUUCUUUAACUACGGAAUAGAUGACAGUCCUUUCAAGUUCUUCAUUGAGCUAAAGAAGUCCGAUGGUGUUUUCAGUGAACCUGUCUUGGAGCUUGCCGUUGUGGGACAUUUUAUAAGCCACGAUUAUGACAGGGAUGCAGAGGUUCUCAAAUUCCUUGGGGAUUUCCCUGACUUUGUAUUUGUGGUAGAAUGGCCUUCUAUACUCAAGCAAUAUAUUUAUUAGAAGUACUAUAUCAACUACUCAAUAAAUUGGCAGC